CCAGAGGCUUCGAGGAUGGCGGCGCGCAAGGGUCGGCGGCGCACGUGUGAGAACGAGGAGCCCAUGGAGGCUGAGUCCCGCGAGGCUGGGUCCGAGGGCCCGGCCCAGGUCUAUCUGCCCGGCCGGGGGCCGCCGCUGCGCGAAGGAGAGGAGCUGGUCAUGGACGAGGAGGCCUACGUGCUGUACCACCGGGCGCAGACAGGCGCCCCCUGCCUCAGCUUUGACAUCGUCCGGGAUCACCUCGGGGACAAUCGCACAGAGCUGCCUCUGACACUCUACCUGUGUGCCGGGACCCAGGCGGAGAGCGCCCAAAGCAACAGAUUAAUGAUGCUCCGGAUGCACAAUCUGCACGGGACCAAGCCCCCGCCUUCAGAGGGCAGCGAUGAUGAGGAGGAGGAAGAGGAGGAGGAAGAGGAUGAAGAAGACCGGAAGCCUCAGCUGGAGCUGGCCAUGGUGCCCCACUACGGAGGCAUCAACCGAGUCCGGGUGUCCUGGCUGGGCGAGGAGCCGGUGGCGGGGGUGUGGUCGGAGAAGGGCCAGGUGGAGGUGUUUGCGCUGCGGCGGCUCCUGCAGGUGGUGGACGACCCCCAGGCCCUGGCCGCCUUCCUCCGGGACGAGCAGGCUCGCGUGAAGCCCAUCUUCACCUUCGCCGGCCACAUGGGCGAGGGCUUCGCGCUGGACUGGUCCCCCCGCGUGCCCGGGCGCCUGCUGAGCGGUGACUGUCAGAAGAACAUCCACCUCUGGACGCCCACGGACGGCGGCUCCUGGCACGUGGACCAGCGGCCCUUCGUGGGCCACACGCGCUCCGUGGAGGACCUGCAGUGGUCCCCGACCGAGGACACGGUCUUCGGCUCCUGCUCCGCUGACGCCUCCAUCCGCAUCUGGGACAUCCGGGCCGCCCCCAGCAAGGCCUGCAUGCUCACCACGGCCGCCGCCCACGACGGGGACGUCAACGUCAUCCACUGGAGCCGCCGGGAGCCCUUCCUGCUCAGCGGCGGGGACGACGGGGCCCUCAGGGUGUGGGACCUGCGGCAGUUCAAGUCCGGCUCCCCAGUGGCCACGUUCAAGCAGCACGUGGCCCCCGUGACCUCCGUCGAGUGGCACCCCCAGGACAGCGGGGUCUUCGCAGCCGCGGGCGCGGACAACCAGGUCACACAGUGGGACCUGGCGGUGGAGCGGGACCCCGAGGCGGGCGACGCGGAGGCCCAGCCCGGGCUGGCGGACCUGCCCCAGCAGCUGCUGUUCGUGCACCAGGGCGAGACGGACCUGAAGGAGCUGCACUGGCACCCGCAGUGCCCCGGGCUGCUGGUGAGCACCGCGCUGUCCGGCUUCACCGUCUUCCGCACCAUCAGCGUCUGAGGCGCCGGCCCGGCCCGGCCCUCCCCUCGGGAGCUUCCUGGAAGGGACUCCUGCAGGUCUGCGCACCGGGCCUCCGAAGAGGGACUCUGCUCGGCCCGCUGGCCACCAUGACCGUUCUGCUGGGCUUACUCUUCUCUACGGGACUUGGUUUGGCCUGGUGAGCCCUCCCACCGAAGGGCUUGGUGUGAUCCUGGCGCUCAAAGCAGCGUCACCCGCCUUCCGGGCCUCGCGGACCACCUCCGGGUGUGACUCCAGCGCCCCCACCAGACCUGGUUCAGCCCUGACUCACCCCCGCUCUCAGGGACUCUGGGGGCCCAAUAACGGGACACUUUGUCAGCUGAGGCACUUGGCUGUACCCUUUGCCCUCAGGGAACUCACGUGCUUUGCAAUGACUGGGCCGAGUUUGAGGGGUGUGUCCUGGCCCCCCUCACCACCCCCACCGCCCCCGGAGAAUUAGGCUCUGCCUCUUGUCUUCCUGCCGCUGGGUUUGGCCAGGACUCCCCAGUGGGGGCUGCGGGGCUGCUGGAGGCCGGUGUGUGGAGGGAGGAAAGUCGGGGGCGGGGUCCUAAGGCCAAUAAAG